AUGGACUUCCCAUCCUCAUCAGCCGACCUCCGCGCCCCCUCCAUCCCCACCCAACGCCAGCACGCGCGCACCGCCAAGCUCGGCUCCGCAGCCCAAGUCGCAUUCGCCAUGUCCGACCUCCCGUCCCCAGAGGUCUCCCAGAGCAAACGCGGCACCUACACCCACCUCGCCGCCUUCAUCCGCCCAGACGCCGGCAAGCCAAAGGAUCGACGGGGCAGCACUGGCCUCUUCAUGCGCCGCCACGCGCAGGGGAAGCACGGCCUGGACGACAUGCUGGGCGACGAGGGCGUGCGGGAAGCGCGGUGGGCGCAGCGCGAGGCGGACAUGGAUGUCGAGGACGCCGUGUGGGCGCGGGCGUGCGAGGCGGAGUCCGAGAGCGAGGCGGGCGGGCAGGGGAUGAGUAUGGAGGAUUUGGCGGGUGAGAGGCGGGAGGGCGGGUACGGGGGGUUGGUGGAGCGGGCGGUGAGCGCGAACCAGGAGCGGCUGAGGAAGCGGCUUGAGGGGGAUGGGUGGGAGUUUGUGGGCGGGCGGUAUGGGGAGGGCGAGGAGCUGGGGGUGGAGAGCGAGGGGAGCGAGGUGGAUGAGGAGUUUGAUGUUGUUGUUGUUUGUGUGGUGUAG